CUAUUUUUUUCCAUAGCGAAUUUGUUUAUAAACAAAGCCGGAAAAAAAUGUCGGCAUCCGCUGAGAGUUUAGCGGCGGCCGCAUCAUUGGACACCGUUGGCGAUGAGGACCUAUUCAGCCUGCUGAUACGCUACGGCCUCUAUGUGGGUGCACUUUUCCAGUUUGUUUGUAUCUCGGCCGCCGUAUUGAUGGCAGCGGACGACGGGAGCACGGAGGGCGGGGAGGUGACGGAACGGGAGGGCGAACCGGUGCGAACGCGCUUGCACAAGAUUCGCAAACUGGAGAAAAAGAAGCGACGUUAAGUCUGGAUGGCACACCCACUUAAAACAAAUAAAAUAUACAUAAUUAUAUUGUAAACUUUUCUAGAUCAUGCAUUUGUUUCAUUGUAAAAAAAAGCCCACAUAUAUGUAUAAUUAUCAUUUUAUAUAUAAAAAUAACAAUAUGACAACCCU